GUAAACAGAGAGAUAAACACAUGUGUUUCUAACUUUCUAUAGUUCAAAACUUUUCUCACCAUCGAAGAGAGGAAUUUGACAAUCCGCCAAUCACCAUGGGACGAACACCUUUAUGGUGUCUCUUCUCUCCUCUUCUUCCUUAUUACUUCCAAUGCCACAUUGCCCACUUCUUCUUCCCCUAAACCGCAGCGCCACCAUUCUCAAUCUUCAGCUUACCCUGAUUCCACCUCCGCUGGACAAAAGUAACUUCAACUCCGUCCUUGUCUCCCUCCCGACUCCCACUACACUGAGCUCGGUGACCUUGUCGAGAAAGCACUCCCCACGCUCUAGAGUAAUCCAUCGGCAACCACACAUAACCACCCCACACAAUGGAGCCCUCGAGCGUCGCCUCGACUCCGAGUUCAAGCGCUUCCUCCUAAAGCCUCGCAACCUCCACUCCCUCUGCAGAACAACCUUCGUUGGCAGUGACGGAAGAUGAUUUCAGCCGCAAAAAAAGUAGUGGGAACCGACGGUUUCUUAUCUCUCCUGUCACGCGAGGAUUUCUAAUUUAAUCCCAUGUAACCACCCUGCCACGUCAGACUCCUAAAAUCACUCUAUGCGCAGGAAAAUUUGAAUAGGGGUUGCAGUUUUACUUUUCAGCUAUAAAUUAUACUGUUGAUU